AUGUCUAAACCUCAACCGCGAAUUAUAAGAGUGAUCAGCAGUGAGAUGUGAGUUUUCUCCUUAUAUUCUUCAGCUUACAUUUCUAUUUGAUCCAGUGCAUUAUAAAAAAAUAAAAAGGGUGAAAAAAAUUAAAAUGAAAAAAAUCCAAUGUUGUGGUAAGAAGCUUUUCAAAAAAAUUUUUGAACAUCCAUUUCGAAAUUCAAUUUUUUUUCUUAGCAUUGAAAAAAAUAUUUUUUUAAACAUAAUUAAUUUCUUUUUCACUAUUUUUUUCAAGAAUUUCUUUUUGUAGAAACGAUCCUCCACCACCUGAAGAACCGCCAAGAGAAGUCAACGAGGACGUUCAUGAUGGAAAUGAUAACCCUCCUGAAAAAUCAAAUUUUGAACCUGAAACCGCUCCAGAAGAAAUAGAGGAGGCUCAACAAGAUAAUGAAGACAGAAAUCCAGAAGAUAUUCCGGAAGACCCACAGACCAGUGGUCCUACUCGGCGACGAUUCAGUUUGCCCAAAAUACCGGCUUAUCCUUUGGAGAAGAAAGUUCAGGUAUAGCUUUUUCUUAACUUGGUAUGUUAUUUUAACACAUAAAAUCGCAUAAAGCGAGUUUGCUGUAAGAAAAAACUUUGCCAGUGGAUUUCCUAAUAGAUUUCCACUUCGCCUGGCGAGAGUCGUUCUAGGUCGGUUGCGCAGCAAAAAUACCGUUUGCGACUGUUUAUUAAACUAUUUCACAUGAAAACUUCAAUCUUUGAGUCAGUGCAAAUCGAAUAAAGAGGACCUAUUACUAAUAAAAAAGUUUCAGGCUGGAAAAUCAGAAAUAGACCCUGAGAAACGGAAAAGCAUCAAUCUAGACAUCUACAAGGACUUCAGACAGUCCAAUGAUCAAAAAGGAUACCGAUAUGAAGAUCAAAUCGUACAUGUGGAGUGCGAAGGUUUCUCAAUUUUUUCCUUGUUCCAGUUUAUUUUUAGUGUUCUAUUCAGCUGCUGGUGGUUUUAAGAAAGUUCAUCGAAUUAAAAAAAUUCAUCAGCUUGAUUUCAAUUCAUGAAAACAGAGAGCUUUUUCAGGAAAAUUUCAAACAAUGAAGAAAGGAAUUUUCCAAAUUGAGAGGAUGCUGGAAAAAGAGCACCGCGAGGAGAUGGAAAAAAGAGAAAUGUUCGUGAUUCCUUCUCGUUUGCACGACAUCGGUAGUGCCUAUCACCUACAAAGAAGCUUCAACAACUUCAGCUCUAUUAUUCAAGGUUUUGAUGGAAAACUACAAAGAAAAGAAUAAUUUUGCAGGUUUUCUGGCCGGGUUGACGUUGGCCUUGGCUGUCUUUGCUUUCAACUUUGCAACCGAGGUAGACCAUUACAAGCCAUUGAAACUGAGAAGUAGAGUAACGUCAGAAAAGAUACGAAAAAUUGAAUUUUCGUCACAACUUUAUUGAAAAGAAUUCAAUAUCUCUGAAACUUUCUGGAAUUGAAAUAACUGUUAUUUUCAACACUCUGAUGGAGUUUCAGUUCACAGAAAAUAACGCACUUUCAGAAAAUUUCAGGAAGAUUGUUUUCCUUACAAGAAAUUUGUGAGCAAAUUUGCGUUUUUUCGUAUCUUUUCUGAUGGUAUUGUACAUUUGAAAAUUAUUUUAUUCACAAGUUCGAAUUUUCAGGAUCUUCUGACUCGCGGGUAUCGCUGGAUGAGCAUGCCGAUUCAUGCUGUUUUUACCUUUGCUUUCACUUUGGGACUUGUCACGUCUAUAGACAGGUAUCCACGUUUCAUAGUCAAUCCUUCCCGAUUUGAAAGAGAUGGGUAGAUUGGCAAGGAUGAAGCGUUGCGUACGCGAAGCGGCUAUCUUGAAAGCGAGUCACAUUUUUUGUGUACUUCUUGUUUUUGAUAGUUUUUCGAUAACUUAUUAUUUUUCAUGGCUUUGAAAAGAUUUGCUAGUAUCAAUUAAAGUACAAAAUUAAUAUAAAGCUCAUUUUUCUACACUUUUUCUAAAAAACAUGAACUUUUUGCUUAAAGCCGCGUUAUGGACGCAACGUGUCAACCUUUCCAAUCUACCCAUAUUUCCUUUCAAGUCAGGAAAAUAAUGAAUGUACUCGUUUGAAUGUAUUUUUCUCAGAAUCGGAGUCUACAAAAUGCAACACUUUCUUUCCUACAAACUUUUCUGGGAAGCAUUAUCGGAUAAUUCAUUCAUUGGCAUUGUACUUUGGUCUGGCGGCCUUUUUUCAACUUUGAUGUGCAUUCGUUUCGAUGAAGCAUUGUCACCUGUGAAGGUAAAGUUAACAAAAAAAUUUAUUUUUAUGUGUAGUCUCUAGCAAAUAUAAAUAAGACUGCUCCAUAAAAAUUUCGAAUCUUUGUAUUCGUCGUGGAUCUCUUGAGGGAAUGGUUGUCAAGAAAUGAGCUUUUUGCAGCCUCACUUGAUGCGUAAAUAUUUUUGCUAUUAACUUGACUCAACUUGAAAUUUUAUGGGUAUAAAAAAACCAAUCUUCCAGCUCCAAAAUAAUGUUUGCUACUAACCGACAUUUCUCUCAAAAUUUCAUGAAAGAUGGAAGAAAAGUUGAACAAACUUUAUCCAAAGUUAUAUACUAUUACUGUUCUGACAGGAAUUUUUCAGGAAGAAGCUGUUCUGACGCCUUAUCUGCUUCUUCUUUGGCGCGUUUGCAGCGUUUCUCGAGCCGUUUGUGCCGCUCUGGGUUGGCUGCUUUUUGCGUUCCGAAAUGACGCCGACCUCGUCAGCAGACACCUCAAAUUGUAUGUCAAAAAUAAAUCAAAAAAUCUGUGAAAAAAUUGACAAUUAAAAAUCAAUAAAAACAAUCGCCAAGAUUUAGAGGAAAUUGGUAAAUUUAAAUAAUAGAACUUAGGAAUUUCAGGGUGUCCGUAUAGGGGUUAGGGGGAAAAAGCAGCCCUAUAGGGGUAAAAUUGAAGUGGUCCCUAUAGGGGACUAGGGUCUGACCAUUUAGCCCCUGAAGUUCAAGUGGGCCCUAUAAGGAUUGGUAAAGUGGUCCCUCGAAAGGAACCUCCUAGGGCCCCUAGAGUAGCCCCUACAGGGUCCACUCUGCAGUUCCUAAGGAUCUUAAAAUUUCCUUUAAAAUCUUCAGACGACGUAUUCAAACUGAUUUGGAGCGUUUUCUAAACUUUACGGUUUCCUUAAAGCAAUAAGAAAGAUUCAUGAAGUAUAGAGAUGUUUAAUUUGAUGAUUAGUUCUAAAAAAAAAGGCUGAAAAUAACUAAAAAAGAUUCUUUUGAUGAAUAUUCGUCCACCCUUAAUCAUUUAGAACUGGGUUUUUCAGCGCCGUGAUUGAAGACGUCAAACAUUCGGAAGGCGUGACAGCUGAGAGCAUCGCCGAACGGAGGCAUCUCACGCUCGAAGCCCUCCGCAUGAUCUGA